AUGCUUCUUCUUCACAACACUCAAACUACAUCAUCAGCUUCAAUUGGGGUGACUGCCAUAGCAAGUUAUGAUGAGCAGAUUAUAAAGUUAAUAGUGUGGAUUUGUCCCGAUCCGACUCUUUAUGAUAUGGUUGAAAAGUCUUUGAUUCAAUAUCGAACUGUGGAUGACAUAAAUAAAUCACUUCAAGAUAAAGUGUCUGGCUAUCGUAAUGCUCUUUGGCUCGUGAAUACGAUAAACUACAGUAGGACGACCGCUGAUACAGCUCCAGGACCAAAUCGUUCUUCCCAAAAUUUAUGUUUUGUCCAAGUGCCCGAUGAGAAAAUCGUCGUUUUUGUAGCUGCUGUUGUAUCUUGA